AUGGCUGGAUAUCCAAACGAUUAUUCAUACCAACAACAUUCUAGGCCUCUUCCACAACAAACUUAUCAACAACAAGGAUACUCCCCUCAGGGAGGGCACCAAGGGUAUCAACAACAAGAAUACACUCAUCAGGGAGGACGACGCCAACAAGGAUAUUCUCCUCAGGGAGGAUAUAAACAAGAAUACUCUCCUCAUGGAGGACGCCAACAAGGAUAUUCUCCUCAGGGACAACAAGGAUAUCAAACAGAAUAUUAUAAUCAACGAAAUAACUCUCCAUCACCUGGUGUACAAAAUUAUUCAUUGCAAAGGCAACAGAAUUGGCCUGAACAUCAAGCUGUAGACGUUGAAUAUAAUAAUUUACCAACUAAUGGCAAUAGAGCUGAUAAAAGAAAGUCAUUCCGUCACAUUGAACUUACUAAUGGGAACUUGGUGCUUGAUUGUGAUGUACCAAAACAAGUACUUCGUAACGUGCAAUAUACUGAUAAAGAUGAGUUCACUAAAAUGAGAUACACCGCUGUCACGUGCGACCCUGAUGAUUUCAUAAAAAAUAAAUAUUUACUUCGACCUCAUAUUUACGGACGAGAAACAGAGUUAAUGAUUGUUAUGACAAUGUAUAAUGAAGAUGAUAAAUUGUUUAUCAAAACAAUGUCUUCUGCUAUCAAAAAUAUCAGUUUUCUCUGUACAAGAAAGAAAUCAAAAACAUGGGAUGGACGUAGUAAAAUCAAUCAACGAGUAUUAAAAGUUCUUGGAGCUAUGGGUGUUUAUCAAGAUGGUAUUAUGCAAGACAGUGUUGAUGGAAAACCUGUUACUGGGCAUCUUUUUGAAUAUACAUCUCAAUUAAUGGUUGAUAAAGAGUAUAGUAUUCGUGGUUCGGACAAGAAUGUACAACCUGUACAAAUCUUGUUUUGUUUGAAGGAAAAGAAUGCCAAAAAAUUAAAUUCUCAUCGAUGGUUUUUUAAUGCUUUUGCCGCUCAAUUAAAACCUAAUGUUUGUAUUUUACUUGAUGUUGGCACUAAACCUUCUAGCACCUCGAUUUAUCAUUUGUGGAAAGCCUUUGAUCGAGAUCCAGGAGUUGGAGGUGCUUGUGGUGAAAUUAAAGCUGAACUUGGAACUGGAUGUUUGAACCUUGUUAACCCAUUAGUUGCAUCCCAAAACUUUGAAUAUAAGAUGUCCAACAUUUUAGAUAAACCAUUAGAGUCAGUUUUUGGCUAUAUUUCCGUGUUGCCUGGCGCUUUCUCAGCUUAUCGAUACAGAGCAUUAUUAGAUACUGCGCCUGGUAAGGGACCUUUGGCUUCAUACUUUAAAGGUGAAGCAAUGCAUGGAUCUGGUGCGGUUAAUGCUGGUAUCUUUGAAGCAAAUAUGUAUUUGGCUGAAGAUCGUAUCUUGUGUUUCGAACUUGUCACUAAAAAGAAUGAAGCGUGGAAAUUAAAAUAUGUUAAGUCUGCUAAAGCUGAAACUGAUGUUCCAGAUAAUGUACCGGAAUUUAUUUCCCAACGUCGUCGUUGGUUAAAUGGAUCAUUCUUUGCAGCUUUCUAUUCCCUUGCAAACUUUAGUAGGAUUUGGUCUUCCGGUCAACCCCUUUAUAGAAUGAUCUUGUUACAGAUAGAGUUUAUGUAUAAUGCGAUUAAUUUACUUUUUAAUUGGUUUGCUUUGGGUAAUUUCUAUUUGGCAUUCUUCUUCUUAACACAGUCUACCAUUGCAACUCUAGAUACAUAUGGAAGGGAAGCGUUUAAUUUUGCACGAUCACUUUACAUUAUGGUUAUAGUUACAAUUUUCAUUUGUUCUAUGGGUAACAGACCUCAGGGAUCAAAAAGGAUAUAUAUAUUAUGUAUAGUUUUAUUCGCAUUAUUAAUGGUGACAAUGAUGCUUUGUGCAGUUUAUACAGUUUAUUUAAGUUUUAAAGACACCAAUUUUAAGAGUUAUAAAGAUAUCAAAAAUGCGCUCAAACAAGCAGCAUUUAGAGAUAUUGUAAUUUCAUUAUUAUCAACUUACGGUCUUUACUUUGGAUCAUCAAUAAUUCAUGCAGAGCCCUGGCAUAUGUUUACUUGUUUAUUUCAAUAUACCUUACUUAUUCCAUUUUACGUUAAUAUCCUAAUGGUAUACGCGUUUUGUAACACACAUGAUGUUUCAUGGGGAACAAAAGGAGAUAACGGAAGCACAGGAUCAUUAGGUAGUGCCCAGGCGGUACCCGGUAAAGAUGGAAAACAAAUGAUGAAGGUAGAAAUGCUUCAUGAACCUGAAGAUAUUAACCGAGCAUAUGAAAAUUUGGUUAAAGAUCUUAGAAUUAAAGUUCAUGAAGAGAAAAAGCAUAGAGAUGCAGCAACUAAAAAAGAAGAUUAUUAUAGAAUGUUUAGAACUAACCUUGUUCUUGCUUGGAUGUUUUCUAAUGCUCUAUUGGUGGUGUUCUUUACUUCGGAUACUUGGAAUAACUUUUUUAUGUCUAAAUCAACUGGAACUGUUGUUUUUAAUCCAUAUUUAACAUUUAUUUUUUGGUCUGUUACUGGUCUUUCAGCAUUUAGAGCAUUCGGUUGUAUUUGGUAUUUAAUUCUUAGAAUGAUAUUUGGUUAG